UCUCUAGGCCAAUGUUUAGCUUUUCCAUACCUUACGACGUUGGAUCAGGAUACCAUGUGUGUGUGUGUGUGUGUGUGUGUUUAGAAUUUUUGUAUUUUUAUAGAGUGGCAAUAAACUAUCCAACCCGCCCCCAUUCAUGUGACUUUUUCUUUUUGAGGAUGAAUGAACCAAAGUGCCUAUGACUGCUCUUACUGCUGAUGGUCAUUGCUAUGGACCAUCUACACAGAAAGCAAAAGGAUACUCACCAGAGGUAUGCCAAGCUUUAUCUGAUAUAUCAUGGAGGUAUCACCGUGCAUAGCUUUUCUUGGCUAUGGAAGUGUGUAUGGUUUUUUCUUUUUUUACCCGUAGCAGCGUAUUCGGGUAGAAACCCCCUAUCCCCACUUUUUUUUUUUAAUCUACACACUUUCUUACUAAGCUUUCAUAAGCCAAUCGUUCAUGCUGGGAUAUGGAUAAAUAGAUCUACAGUUGGGAUUUUUUUCAUUGAUUAUGACAAGACCUUUUUGCGAAUAUCCCCACUGUAUUGAUGGCUGAGUCAUAUUUGUAUCUAGAUUACACACUUUUUUCAGUCAUGGGCUUUUUAACAUCAAGUUUCUUGGCGUAACCUUGCCGUUUAUUCUUUUUUCUUUUGUGGGGACGGGGUUUUAUUGUUUUUAUGGAAAGGCGGAUUUGUGAUGUGGAUAGCACCGAACAUGCGAUUUUAAUUUUCUUUUAAGCGGUCUUUGAAAUAAAUUUUUAUUGAAGGUCCUAAAUCAGAAACAAACAAUUUGAGCGCCCAUUUGUUUAGUGUACCUGAAGUAAAAACAAAAAAAAAAAAAACAAAAAUAACAAACAGAAUUUGUAUUCGUCGGGUCUAACGGGAAAG